GGUAGUACACAUCCCAAUGGGCGGCGCGCUGUUUAGUGCGCGAGUGCGCGGGUUGGGCCUGAAGAGGCGCUUUACGUGGCACUGAGUCCGGACGUGACAUCUUCAAAGGAGGAUUUUAACUCCUCUUCUGUCCGUCCUGUGGUAAAGUGUGUCUCAGGCAGCCGGAGGUGAGACUCACAGACAGGGCAGGAGUUUCCGGGGUCAUGUGGAGCAUGUGGACGGUUUUAUGGGCUGCGGUUCUUCCAUCCGUUAUCUUGGCUUCUGAAGUGGACUGGAGGAAGCUGGAUGGACUCGCCAGAGCUAAAGUGGAGAGCUGUGGCGGAUGACAGCUGAAUAGACUGAGGGAGGUCAAGGCCUUUGUGACUCAAGACCUCCCUCUAUAUCAUAACUUGGUGAUGAAGCACAUCCCAGGUGCAGACCCCGAGCUCGUCCUCCUGAACCACUACUACGAGGAGCUGGAUCGCAUCCCGCUGUCACACAUGACCCGUACUGACAUCAACAGUCUUCUGGUGGAGUUGGGCUUCUAUAAAAAAGCACAAGCUGAAGAUGAAGUCCCAGAGGAGUUUCGCUUCUCACCAGCAAAAGACAGCCCCUUCAAAGAGCAUCACAAACAAGCACCCACAAACCAUGAUCUCCCAGAGGAGCCCCAGCCUGAGUCACCACACAAAGAUUUAUAGUCUUGAAAUGUGGGAAGGGGGAAAAAAUAUAUAUAAAUAAUAAUAGUGUCAUUAGGGUGUGUUGUAAAAUUUUCUUUUCCUCCCAGACUUAUUAUACAGCUGAUAGUAACAAACCAUUAUGGAGUCCAGUUUCUGCCCACAUGAGAACUGAAUGAUGCCCCAAACUGUAAAAUCAGCUGAUUGGUUUAGGGCUGAUGAGCUAUGUUCUUAUUGGUGUAAAUUGGUCUCUUUAAAAAAAAAAAAAAAAAGUGCUGUAUAAUGAUGCCACAGAGAUGAAAUGAAUAAAUAAAUAUUUUUAAUUGGAA